AUGGCGGUGUUUGGGCGGCCCUCCUGGAAGCGUCUCGAGGCUUGCUGGGGGUGGUGGGGCGGCCGGGCCGCGGCCCCUCAACAGCGGCAGCCGUCGUGGAGACCGAGGAGCUCGAACCCGUUCACCCGAGAGCAGGAGCAGGAGUGGCGGCGGCGGAACCGCACCGUGCUCACGUACGUGGCCGCGGCCGCCGUGGGCAUGAUCGGGGCCUCUUACGCCGCCGUGCCCCUUUACCGCCUCUACUGCCAGACCACAGGACUUGGUGGGUCACCUGUAGCUGGUCAUGCUUCAGACCAGAUUGAGACUAUGGUACCUGUUAAGGAUCGAAUCAUUAAAGUCACCUUCAACGCAGAUGUGCAUGCAAGUCUCCAUUGGAAUUUUAGGCCUCAACAAACAGAAAUAUAUGUGGUACCAGGAGAGACUGCACUGGCAUUUUACAAAGCUAAAAAUCCUACUGACAAACCAGUAAUUGGAAUUUCUACGUAUAAUGUUGUGCCAUUUGAAGCUGGACAGUAUUUUAAUAAAAUACAGUGCUUCUGUUUUGAAGAACAAAGGCUUAAUCCUCAAGAGGAAGUAGACAUGCCAGUAUUUUUCUUCAUUGAUCCUGAAUUUGCUGAAGAUCCAAAAAUGGCAAAAGUUGACGUGAUCACUCUCUCUUAUACGUUUUUUGAAGCAAAAGAAGGACAUAAAUUGCCAGUCCCAGGUUAUAAUUGAAAUGAAAAGUAUCUUUCCUUUGCCCUUAGUUCUUGUGUCUCAGUUUUAUAAGUUUUUGAAAAAUCAUGUUCUCAGGUCUUUUUGAAAGAGGGAUAUUAGUGGGAAAAGCCAAUUUUUAUUUUAAACCAGAAUCACAUGUACUUGUAAUGUUUUUCUCGCAAACUACUUUUUUUUUUUAAUCUUUUAGUCUAUAUGAGACUCUAAGAAUGGAGAUAACACUGAAGAAAAAUCUGGGUGCAAAAUUCAAUUUAAAACCAUAUUUGCAUAUUUGUAAAAUAAUAUUCAAAUUAUUCUCUUUUGGGGGUGGUAUAUCAAAAAAAGAAAAAUCUGCUCAAUUCCAUAAGCAUGCAGGUAUGGAGCUGAUGAUCUGCUAAAGUCGCAUAAGUACCAUAGCUGUUUUUAGAUCUAAAAUGGUGUGUUAAUAGAUCAUCUCAUUCACUUCUUCUGUUAAAGAUAAAGAUGCUGAAGCCAUGAGAGAUGAAAUGAUUUGCCUAACAUAUUACACAGCUAGUUAGUGGCUAGAACCCAGGUCUCCCACCAGCCAGAUCUUUUCAUUAUGUCAUCAUGACCAUCUUGAAAUGUAUUUUGCUACUAGUUUGUUUUGUUUUUUAUCUGUCUCUGAAGUCAGUGACCUUUAAAAUGGCAGAUACAUCAUUAUUCAAAAUGAAUCAAAAAGAAGCGUGGUCAAUCAGUUCCAAAAUUGUUGCCCUAUGAUAAUUUUCCCCAGAGUAGUACUUUAUCUAAGAAUUGAGAAAUAUUUUUCUACUUUUAUUUGGAUUCUUACUUCAGAGGCUUUGGGUCCAUUGGCCUGUGGUAACUUUCAGGCUAAGCUAAUAACCCUAUGAAGUCUUUUUAAAAUUCUCAUUGCAUGGUCAGUGUACAGAAGCAAAAGGGUUACAGUCUAAUUCAGUACAAAGAGCAAAUGUAGGAUUUGAAAUUUAAGCUCUUUAAAUUAUUUUUUUCCCAUUAAAUUCAAUUGCUAUUUUAUGUGUGCAAUACUUACGUAUUUUAAUUUUGAAGUAAUUGGUAUGGGAAGAAUGACCUUGUUAAUUAGAAAUGAAGUAUAUUUCUACCAGAUUACAUUUAUAGUGAGGGUUCCAAACACGUGGAUACUAACAUCUCACUGUUUGUAUGGUACUAUGUGCUUUUUCUUGGCAUCAAAAACUCUUUUGUGAAGAGGCGAUGUUAACUUACAUAUUAAAUUAUUUUUAAUAUUA